UCUUAUCCAUUUUCUCAGUUCUGUUUUUUCUCGUCUUAACAGGAGACGCCAUGGAUCCCAAUCUGCAGUCCCUGAAGACGGCGGUUCUGCCGGAGCUUCCGUAUCCGUACAACGCAUUGGAGCCGGCCAUAAGCGAGGAGAUCAUGCGGCUUCAUCACUCCAAGCAUCACCAGACUUACGUCAAUGAGUACAACAAGGCUCUUGAGAAGCUUCGAUGCGCCAUGGAAGAGGGUGAUCACUCCUCCGUUGUCAAGCUCCAUGGCCUCAUCAAGUUCAAUGGCGGAGGUCAUAUCAACCACGCCAUCUUCUGGAAGAAUCUUGCCCCUGUUCGUGAAGGAGGAGGGCAGCCUCCGACCGAUCCUUUGUCUUCGUCCAUAGACACCCACUUCGGAUCUCUAGAAGCACUGAUGCAAAAGAUGAACGCUGAAGGCAUUGCCUUGCAGGGAUCUGGGUGGGUGUGGUUUGGGUUGGACAAGGAGCUGAAGACGCUCGUCAUCGAGACUACGGCCAAUCAGGAUCCUCUGGUAACGAAAGGAUCGAACUUGGUUCCACUGAUCGGGAUAGACGUAUGGGAGCACGCGUAUUACCCGCAGUACAAGAACGCGAGGGCGGAGUAUCUGAAGAACAUAUGGAGUGUCAUCAACUGGAAAUACGCGGCCGAGGUUUACGAGAGGGAGUUUGGGCUCUAAUCACUUAUUUAGCUUUAAUUAUGUUAAUUAUGGUUCUUGUCUGUGUAAUUAUGUGUAAAGCGGCUAAGGGUGUUCGUAAUCUUGUUGUGGAUGUAAUAAAACUUGGUGAAAUAAAAUCCUUAGUUUUUUUAAUGCA